AUGGCGCUCUUCCGCAAGUUCUUCUACCGCAAGCCGCCCGACGGGCUCCUUGAGAUCACCGAACGCGUCUAUGUGUUUGAUUCUUGCUUCACAACUGAUGUCUUCGAUGAUGAUAAGUACCGGGAUUAUAUUCGUGACAUUGUUGCACAACUUCGGAGCCACUUCGCUGAUGCUUCAUUUAUGGUCUUCAACUUUCGGGAUGGAGACAGUCAAAGUUUACUGGCGAAUAUAUUAUCAAGCUAUGAUAUGGUAGUUAUGGACUACCCCAGACAAUACGAGGGAUGCCCACUACUUACAAUAGAAAUGAUUCAUCAUUACUUGAGGUCAGGGGAGAGUUGGCUCUCUUUGGGCCAGCAAAAUGUCUUAAUAAUGCAUUGUGAGCGUGGUGGCUGGGCUGUACUUGCAUUCAUGUUAGCAGGAUUGCUGUUGUACAGAAAGCAGUUUAUUGGUGAGCAGAGGACACUGGAAAUGAUUUACAGGCAAGCUCCUCGUGAGCUGGUUCAGUUGUUGUCACCAUUGAAUCCUAUGCCUUCUCAGAUAAGGUACUUACAUUAUAUAUCUCGGAGGAACGUGAGCUCAGAGUGGCCACCUCAGGACCGGGCCCUUACUUUAGACUGUGUGAUACUAAGAAACAUUCCAGGCUUUAAUGAAGAGGGAGGAUGUAGACCAAUAUUCCGUAUUUAUGGACAAGAUCCUUUACUUGCUACAAGUAACACACCUAAGGUGCUAUUUGCAACACCAAAAAGGAGCAAAUACGUUAGGCUUUACAAGAAGGCAGACUGUGAACUGAUUAAGAUUGACAUCCACUGCCAUAUUCAAGGUGAUGUUGUCCUUGAAUGCAUUAGCCUUGAUGCUGAUCAAGAACGAGAAGAGAUGAUGUUCCGAGUCAUGUUCAAUACAGCCUUUAUCAGAUCUAACAUUCUGAUGUUAAACCGUGAUGAAAUCGAUAUAUUGUGGGAUGCCAAAGAUCGAUUCCCAAAGGAAUUCAGAGCUGAGGUUCUUCUUUCAGAAGUGGACACUGCCAAUCAGUUAGGUCCCAUGGAGGUGGCAGGUAUAGGAGAGAAGGGGGGUUUACCGAUUGAAGCAUUUGCAAAGGUUCAAGAGAUGUUCAGCAAUGUGGACUGGCUAGAUCCGACAGGGGAUGCUGCAGUCCAGCUUUUCCAGCGACUUACUUCGUCAGAAAAUAUUCAGCUGAGGCAAGGAUUCUUGUCUCCAAGUAAGAAAGAAGCAGAAUCAUUAGAGCUUGGUUCAAUCUCUCCAAUCAACAAGCAUUAUGACAAUGUUCAACAAGAACCAAGCAAAGUUGAAGACGCCACAGUCUGUGUGAACAAACUGGAAAGUGUUGGUCGACAGACAUUGAUCUUGUUGGAGCAAGCCACUAAUUCUGAAGUCAAAACUGGAAUUUCUGUUGUCCAAGAAAAUCUAGGCUCUCUAGUUCACAAGGUUGACAGUAACGCCGAACAGUCAAUUUCACUAGAAAAGGCUGUUCCCUCUACCAUGAAAUCUAUUGAACCAGUUCAUAAGGAUCAAAAUGCUAAACUUGAUGAGCAACAUGGUUCAGGUCAACGCUCUUCACGUACUAUAAUUAUGUCACAGCGAUUUCCAAUUUCUAGUUCAUGCUCUGCUCUUUCUGGCUACUCCAGUCCUAGAUCACUUUCAGCUUGUCCAAGAUUUAAUAGCGCGCCUUCAGCCCUUGGAAUUACAGCUCUGUUGGAAGACCAUGCUGGAAGUGCUGAGAAUUGUUGUGGUUCAACUGUAACCUCGACCACAGUAUCAAAUCUUUCUACUGGUGUAAUCCAAAUUACAUCAAAACGACCAUCAGGACAGCAUCCAACAACAGGUACUCCUGUUGUAACAAAGGGUAUGCCACCACCACCCCCUCCACCCUCGCCACUAGAUUUGCUGGUAUCAGAUUCUAUUAUGAUUUCAGAAGCAAAAGACUCAUCUCAACCUACCCUCAACAAUUCAGGCCUUCCAUCUCAUCCAGAGAGACGAUCGGCAUUUCAGUUACUUGGAACUACUACUCUGUCCACACAUCAUCAGAAAUCCUCAACUAGUGUCACAAUUGAAUCGUUGCCAACUUCUGCUCCACCGACGCCCCCACUGCCCCCGCCAUCAUCAUUUUCUAGUUCUUCAAGUAUUUAUCAUAUGCCUCCAUAUUCUCUGUCUGUCACUCCAAUUUCAUUCAGACCUCCAGCACCAGCUGCACCACAAUCACCACCCGUGCCACCCCCGCCUCCACCCGUGCCUAGGCCUUCUCCUGUUAGGGCUCAUGCACCACAACCGCUGACACCUCAACCACCUGCUUCAAGUUCAUCUCUUAAACUGUCAGGGCCACCUCAAUUCCCACCUCCCCCACUGCUACCUGGGUGCUCUCUCAGUAGACCUCCUGCACCACCACCACCUCCACUACUUGCUUCUACUUCAUCUACUGUUACUCCUGCUGCACCACCUUUGCCUCUAUUUGCAUCUACUUCAUCUCCUGUUAGGCCUGCUGCACCCCCUCCACCACCUGCCCCAACAUUAUCACCUAUCAGAGCUUCAGCACCGCCUCCGCCUCCACCACCUGGAACAACCUCCAGUCCACCUCCACCCCCUCCACCAUGCUAUUCAUCAAAACAAUCAUCCAGCCCCAUGGGCAAAUCGAUGCCAUCACCUCCUGUUCCACCACCACCCUCCCAUGGAGCUUCUGGUAACAUUGUACCCCCGCCAGCACCUCCUGGCGGUAAUGCUAAACUGUUUGGUCCACAGGGGCGUGGACCUGCACCUCCUGCAGGUCCAAUGUCAAAGAACUUUCAAUCUGGCCAGGCUGUGUCCAGAAGGUCAAAUUUGAAGCCACUUCAUUGGGUGAAAGUAACAAGAGCAAUGCAUGGUAGUCUGUGGGCGGAGUCACAGAAGCCUGACGAAACUUUAAAAGCCCCUGUGUUCGAUAUGUCAGAACUAGAAAAUCUUUUCUCAGCUGUACUGCCAAGUUCAGAUUCAAGGCGUACAGAAAAGUCAGGCAGUCGUGCAUCAGGGUCGAAACCAGAAAAAAUUCAUCUUAUUGAUCUUCGCCGGGCUAACAAUUGUGGAAUCAUGCUUACCAAAGUCAAAAUGCCACUGCCUGACCUAAUGAGUGCAAUUCUGGCUCUGGAUCAUACUGUCCUGGAUGCUGACCAGGUGGAGAACCUUAUUAAGUUCACCCCAACUAAAGAUGAAAUUGAACUUCUAAAGGGUUACAAAGGAGAUAAGCAAGUUCUUGGAGAAUGUGAGCAGUUCUUUAUGGAGCUUAUGAAAGUACCACGUGUAGAAUCUAAGCUGAGAGUUUUCUCAUUUAAGAUUCAAUUCGGUUCCCAGGUUUCUGACCUUAAGCGGAACCUGAACAUUGUUAAUUCUUCAGCAGAAGAGAUACGAGGUUCAGUCAAGUUGAAAAGGAUUAUGCAGACAAUUCUUUCUCUCGGAAAUGCAUUGAACCAAGGCACUGCCAGAGGUUCUGCUGUUGGUUUCAGGUUGGAUAGCUUGCUCAAACUAAGUGACACCCGUGCUCGUAACAAUAAGAUGACUUUAAUGCACUAUUUAUCCAAGGUGCUUUCUGAGAAACUUCCAGAGCUUCUAGAUUUCCCGAAAGACUUGUCUAGCUUGGAGCUGGCGGCAAAGAUACAAUUGAAGUCUUUAGCAGAGGAAAUGCAGGCUGUAAACAAAGGACUCGAGAAAGUUGAGCAAGAGCUUACUACAUCUGAAAAUGAUGGUCCUGUGUCAGAGAUCUUCCGCAAGACACUGAAGGAUUUCCUCAUUGGUGCGGAAGCUGAAGUUAGAUCUUUGACCUCACUUUAUUCUAAUGUGGGCCGAAAUGCAGAUGCAUUAGCGCUUUAUUUUGGAGAAGAUCCAGCACGAUGUCCAUUUGAGCAAGUAGUUACAACACUCCAAAACUUUGUGAGGUUGUUCACGCGUUCCCAUGAAGAGAACUGUAAGCAACUGGAUCUUGAAAAGAAGAAAGCUCUGAAGGAAGCAGAAGAAAAUUGUAAACAUCUGGACCUUGAAAAGAAGAAAGCCCAGAAGGAAGCAGAAGAAAAUUGUAAACAACUGGACCUUGAAAAGAAGAAAGCCCAGAAGGAAGCAGAAACAGAGAAAAUAAAGAAGAAAUCUGACAGUGAGAAAGCUUGUAAGAAAGAAUUGGAAAAUGAUAAAUCUUCUAAGAAGGAAUCAGCAAAUGAGAAAGCCAAGCUAAACAACACGAUCAAAGAACUAGAUAUAUCACUUCAAUCACCUGCCCAAACUGCCAGUGCCAAAUGA